UGACCGGCGCCUGCUCUGGCAGCCGCGCGGGGCUGCGGCGUGGGAAAGAGCGGCGAGGAGGCGACAGGCGACGGCGCCGCGCUGCGCCGCGCGGGUCCCGGCGGAGGAGGAGGCGGCGAGGGGCGGCGCGAUGAAGCGCCCGUGCGAGGAGACGACCUCGGAGAGCGACAUGGACGAGACGAUCGACGUUGGGAGCGAAAACAACUACUCCGGGCAAAGCGCUAGCUCUGUGAUUAGACCGAAUUCUCCAACAACAACAUCUCAAAUUAUGGCAAGAAAGAAAAGAAGAGGGAUUAUAGAGAAAAGGCGUCGGGAUCGGAUAAAUAACAGUUUAUCUGAGCUGAGACGACUGGUGCCAACCGCUUUUGAAAAGCAAGGCUCUGCAAAGUUAGAGAAAGCUGAGAUACUGCAAAUGACAGUGGAUCACUUGAAGAUGCUCCAGGCAACGGGUGGUAAGGGCUACUUUGACGCCCACGCUCUCGCCAUGGACUUCAUGAGCAUCGGAUUCCGAGAGUGUCUCACCGAGGUGGCCCGGUACCUGAGCUCCGUGGAGGGCCUGGACUCCUCCGACCCACUGCGCGUGCGCCUUGUCUCCCACCUUAGCACGUGCGCCACCCAGCGGGAGGCGGCGGCGAUGACCUCGUCCGCGGCGCACGCUCACCACGCUCUGCACCCGCACCACUGGGCGGCCGCCUUCCACCACCUGCCCGCCGCGCUGCUGCACCCGGACGGACUGCACCCUGCCGAGGCCACGCCCUGCCGCCUCGCCACCGCCUCGGAGGUUCCCCCCGCGCACGGCUCCGCGCUGCUCACGGCCACUUUCGCCCACGCGGAUUCCGCCCUGCGCAUGCCGUCCGCGGGCGGCGUGGCCCCCUGCGUGCCGCCCCUGUCCACCUCGCUGCUGUCGCUGUCGGCCACUGUACACGCAGCAGCUGCCGCUGCGACCGCCGCAGCGCACGGCUUCCCGCUGUCCUUUGCCGGUGCCUUCCCUGUGCUGCCCCCGAGUGCUGCGGCGGCCGUGGCGGCCACGCUCAGCCCGCCCCUGGCGGUGGCGGCGGCCAGCCCCCCGCGGCCCGGCGCGGGGCCCAGCAAGCCCUACCGGCCCUGGGGCACCGAGGUGGGCGCCUUUUGAGCCGCGCCGUGCGCCAAGCUGUGAGCUCCGCGUAGGACGGGAGUGUGCGGCCACUGGCCUCGCUCUGGACCUGUGGGUUUGUCCUCUUCUCUGCUUAAAAAAAAAAAAAAAGGAACAGCCUGCCCCCGCCCUCGCCCUCUUGGUGAUCCUCACGCUGGGAAGCCGUGGACGUCUCCAUCCAGCCGGGUACGAGCGCAUCGGCGUGGGGAAGGGAUGCGCCACCAAGGAGCUCUGCGGAACCGAGACGGGCGGGCUGGAAGACCUGGCUCUGAGUUCAUGGGCGGGAGGUGGCCCAGUCAACGUGGCGCUCCAGCAGGGGACGUGCAGGGUCCUGGGGCGCCGCUGGAGGCAACUUCCUGGCCAGGAGACGCGGCUGCGGCUGCGGCUGCGGCUGCGGCUGCCGCUGCGCCGUUUGCUUUCGGUGCAGCCUUGCCAAGCAGUGACCUCCAGCGGCGCACAGGAGCAAGCCGUUCCUGUCAGUGCCUGGAUUAGCAAGCCUUCCUGCUCUGCCCCAGCCGCAGGCAUGGAGGCAGGGUCAGAGUCCUCCCCAACUGUGCUGCCUUUCCCCGGCCCUGCGCCUUGCAUUUCUGUGUGCACUGGGCGCACCUGCGCGCUUUGCACCUCCUGGUUCACGCCCACAUGCAAACACUGUCCAGUUUGCAAGCAUUCGCAUUAAUUUAUUGUUUCAUUUUGACUAUUUCUUACCUAUUUAGCCUCUUCACUCCCACCCCAUAACAUGUAACAGCCAUUCUUGUCACACGUGCGGGGCAGAUGCUGCAUUUCUGGGGGUGAAAGGACGAGGAGAGCUCGCACGGAAGGAGAAAAGCCACCACAUCGAACUGUCCUUGGUCACGCUAGGGGCCGCGCCAGAUCCCAAACCAAGAUGAAUGUAUGCAAAGGGCUGUACAUAAAUUAUUUCUGUCCGUGCCUAGACUAGUGCUACAUAAUGACGUUUUGGUUUUGGUUUUGGAUUUUUUUAAAAUGACAAAAUAAUCUCUUAAUACAUUGAAAUUGAGCACAUGAGAUUUUAUAUUUGAAAGAUAAAGACACAGCAUGUAUUAUUCUUAUGCACUUCAUUUCUCUGCUGUGUGGGGAAAGCAAUAAAUACGAGAAUGUUAAACAUUAUGCAAAAUUAUACUUUUAAAUAUUUGCCUGAAAGUGACUGUACCUAGUCUUUUGCAGUACUUUGUAACCUUUUUCUAUGCAAAGAAGUCUACGUAUGACUAAUUAAAUGAAGUCCUUUUUGACGUUUUA